GAACCGUAAAGAAGAAGGAGAGUAAAAGAAGGAAAAGAAGAAGAGAAUGCAUGAUCACCGAUGAUGAAGAACAAAUUAUUGCCGGUGAUGAAAACGCCGGUGAUUUACAAAGUAGUUGUCUAGGAACACCUGAUUGCCGAUGAUGAAGAAGAAGUUGUUGCGGGUGAUGAAAAUGCGGAUGAUCUAGAAGUAUUAAAAACAUCAAUGGUUAUUGAUGAAGAAGACGCUCGGGGAUGAAGUAUGAAGAAAGAGGCGAAGAAGAUUAUAGUACAAACAAUGGGACUGCCAAAUGCUGCUUCUGGGGACUUGUCGUCGCAAAUGGAAGUCGAUGCUUUUAGACGACUCUUUCCUAUUCAGUUUUAUGAGCGCCAUCUUGCUGAAUCAAUACGUCCUGAUGGAAGAGCACUGGGAAAAGCUAGAGACACAACCAUUGCUCUUGGACCAGUAUCUUCUGCAAACGGGUCAGCCCUUGCUAAGAUUGGUUCGACGACAAUGUUGGCUGCUAUUAAAAUGGAAGUAAUGACACCUUCUGUAGAGUCACCGGAUGAGGGUUGCAUAGCUCUUGAUUUCCACAUGCCUCCAGUAUGCUCUCCAAUCGUUAGGCCUGGGAGACCAGCGGAAGCAGCACCUGUGAUUUCAAAGCAGUUAUCUGACACUAUUUCGAGUUCUGGGAUGAUUGAUCUGAGAGAACUAUCUCUUGUUAAAGGAAAAGCUGCUUGGAUGGCUUACUUGGAUAUUUACUGUUUGGACGCUGAUGGUUCUCUUUUUGAUGCUGCACUUCUUUCUGCAGCAGCUGCAUUUUCUCAUUUGCAAAUCCCUGUUGUUGCUCUAAAUGAUGAUGGAAGAGUAGUAUUUGUCUCUGAGGAAGAAGGGGGAGAAAACUUUGAGAAGGAACCUGUCAAUAAAGAGAAAAGGAAACUGAAAUUGAACUCCGUUCCUUUCUCAUUAACAUGCCUACUCCACAAGAAGUACAUCUUGGCCGAUCCUACUGCAGAGGAGGAGUCCGUCAUGGAAACUAUUGUAACUGUGGUUUUGGAUUCAUCUGGUCAACUGGUUUCCUUCUACAAGCCGGGUGGUUCCGUUCUUGCUUAUACAUCAGCUGUUCAGGAUUGCAUUGCCUUGACAAGACAAAGAUCGAAAGAACUACAGAUAAUUUUAGAUGAAGCAAUUUCUGGUAUGGAAAUCGACUAAGCUUGCAGUAUCUUCUACCGGUUUUAAUGAAUUGAAUGGUGGAUGGUUUGUAGGCUUCCAAUUAAUACUUGUUUGGUUGCCUCCAGAAUUUUGGUGGUGAUAUUUGCUUACCCUAGAGAUUGUUUUGUUAAAAUUUGAUCUCAAGGAAUCAAUUUUCGUGCAGGCGUCUAAUUUCUAUUGCCAAAAUAUCUCUUUAUUAUUAUUAAUUCAAGUUAAUUUCCUACUUUUUA